UGAACAAAACAGUCUUAUUUUGAAAGGAAUCCCCGGAAGCGCUGUUAGUGUUUCGCUAUGUUUUGUGGCUCCCUGGGGAAAGUCAAAACCCCGGCAUUUUUCACUUCUCUCGUGUCUUCUCUGCUCAGUUGUCAGAUCAGCUGCAGUAGUCGACGGGAGAACGGCUAUCAUUUGUCGUGCCUUAACUUGCGCAUCUAAAGCGAAGAGGUGCCAGUUUGUUAGCUCACCAUGGAGAACCGAAAGCGACCAUUCGCAGCGGUUUCAAGCCCAGACGAUAGCUUCAAAACGCCGGAAAAGAAAGUGUCAGUGGUCCGGGUGUCGGAUUCGGACUACAUGCAGUGGGGAGUGGAGGAAAUGUGCCGGUACCUGCGAAGAGAAGGUCUUGGAGAAUGGAUAGACACAUUCAAGGCGCAAAAAAUCACAGGUGUCGGGCUUCGGGAUCUCAGGGAUGCUGACCUGGAGAAGAUUGGCGUAAAGUGUCUGGGUGACCGUCUGCGGAUCCUAAACAGCCUCAGAAAGCUGUGGCAGAUUGAAACUGAGCCAAGCAAGGUGUUUAACGAUCCUAUCCACGGGCAUGUGGCAUUACACCCGCUUCUCAUCAAAAUCAUAGACACACCUCAGUUCCAAAGAUUGCGAAACAUCAAGCAGCUAGGAGGGACCUACUUUGUCUUUCCCGGAGCGUCCCACAACCGAUUCGAACAUUCGCUUGGUGUGGGUUACUUGGCUGGACGGCUUGUAAAAGCUCUAAACGAGAGGCAGCCAGAGCUCCUUAUCUCUCGCAGAGACAUCUUGUGCGUGCAGAUUGCUGGGCUGUGCCACGACCUGGGACAUGGACCAUUUUCCCACAUGUUCGAUGGUGUGUUCAUCCCCAAAGCACGUCCUGGUAUAACCUGGAAGGUACUGAACUCUGUGGCACAAAUGUUAAAUGAAAACAGCAUGUUCAUGCUUUUGUUUUUUUUGUCUGUUUGUAUAUUUUUUUGCAUUCGAUAUUAUCGAUCAUCUCCACAGUGGCCGUAUAAAGGCCGUCAAAAAGACAAGUCCUUCCUCUACGAAAUCGUGGCCAACAAAAGGAAUGGCAUUGACGUGGAUAAGUGGGACUAUUUUGCAAGGGACUGUUACCACCUGGGCAUCAAUAACAACUUUGAUUAUAGCCGCUUCCUAAACUUUGCCAGGGUGUGUGAGGUGGACGGACAGAAGCACAUCUGCACUCGAGACAAGGAAGUGGGAAAUCUAUAUGACAUGUUCCACACCAGGAACUGUCUUCACAGAAGAGCCUACCAGCACAAAGUGUGCAACAUUAUAGAGAAUAUGAUCACAGAGGCUUUUUUAAAAGCAGACACACACCUUCAGUUUGAAGGUAAAGAUGGGAAGAUGUUCACGCUCUCCACUGCCAUUGAUGACAUGGUGGCCUACACCAAGCUGACAGGUGUGUAUGAAGAGUGUUUUAGUGUUAUUGUCAUGGAUUAUGGGAUGAAGGAGAAGAACCCCAUCAACAAUGUGCGUUUCUAUUGCAAGAACGAUGUGACUAAAGCCAUCCAGAUACGCAAGAAUCAGGUGUCUAAAUUUCUUCCAGAGCACUUUGUUGAGCAGCUGAUCAGGGUCUACUGUAAGAAGACAGAUGAUAACACUUUGGAGGCUGCCAAGAAGCACUUUGUUCAGUGGUGCAUGGACAGGAACUUCUCAAAGCCUCAGGAUGGAGACAUAAUAGCUCCAGAGCUGACUCCUCUGAAACCCAGCUGGUCGAACAACGACAACGAUAGUGAAGAGGGCGCAUCCACAGAAGCAAACUGUGUCAAUUUAAAUGGAAAAAAGACGGCCAAAACUAAGCUUUUCUAGUGAGAGAGGGAGAUUUUACAUAUGGAGAAAGAUCAGAUGAAACAGUGUGCUAUAUUUUUCUGUAAGGAGUGUGCUGAUGAACACAGCAAGUUGUUUUAUAUCAAAAAGGUUUAAAAUAUUCAAAAAGAGAAGAAGCAUAGAUGUCUUUCAGAACUUCUCAGGGUUUUUUGUUUGUUUGUUUUUUGGUUCAGUUUUGUUUGUGAAUAUGGUUUUAAUUUAGACUUCUCUGGGGGGAAAAAAGGUCUUAUCAUGUCAUUAGAUACCAAAUGAUGAAUCAGGUCAGUUCAAAUGUUACACAGACUACAUUUCAGGGCAGUAUAUCUUAUAGCUGGGAUUUAGGUAUUUUAUUCAGCUUCAGCUAAAGUUUGAGGCUGUUUUCAGAACUCUCAGGCUUUCACGCACAAAAUGUUACAUAUGAAUGUGUGAUGAUAUUUAAAGUGAGCAUUUGUUUUUACUCUUGGGGUUGUUUGGAGAGUUGGUUUGAUUUUUACUUUGAAUGCGUGUGUUUUUCUCUAUUUUUGAGUGUUUUGUGGUGUUUUAUUUAUUCUCCUUAUUGUAUCUCAGAUUGCUCACUGUCAUCUUCACCUCAAAGUUCAGUGCGACAUUUUAUUGGUAAUGUGUUUGGGAUGCCUUUUAAAAUGAUUCUUCUCUUGCCACAAUAUGGGGCAUCAUCAUCAGAUUUUUGCUGUGUUUAAAAAUACAUGUAUUUUUAAAACAUGCGAUUUAAAACAAUCACAAUGAUGGAGAUAAUCCUGUCAAAAUAAAUACUUUCCUUCAACCAU